AUGUCGUCUGGUGUACCGGCGGAGCGUGCGUUCAAUGAGGAUUCUCCGAUGGAUAUUGGUAUUCCCGCGCCAUUGGUGUCCAAGCUGGUGGAUAGCUACUUUUCCAACUUCUUCUACGCAACGCUUCUUCUCCAUCCACCCACUUUCCGGGAGGACUUGGUGACUGGGCGUGCAACGAAACACGUCGUCCUGGGCGUUUGCGCCGUCGCAUCGGGUUUGUGCCCUGACAGUGGCCAAGACGCUCAUCUGCUGAAUGAGGGCGCUUCGCUAGAAUGGGCCGAGAAAGCCCAGGCACUCGUCUUUGCACAUCUUGCUGUUCCCAAGGAAGAAAACCUGGUGACAUUACUCAACCUGACUCUUUUCUGGUAUCGCCUUGGGCAAUGGCAGCGGUCGUUUCUUCUUGGAACAAACUUAUUUUGUGCUGCCCGCAUGCUCAAUUUUCCGGAUUCCGUUUCAUCCAUGGAUAAUACUCUGCCUGCUGAGACAAGUAGAAGGCGAUUCUGGGCGUGUUACAUCCUGAGCCGCUUGGGUGGAAUGCUUGACGGCUCGAAUGCCACGGUAGACGCUCUUGCGCGCAUGCCUCUUCCACAGAGCGAACAAGAGUUCGGUAAUGGGACGCUGUCUGAGAAGUUGAUCAAGUUUGAAAAUAGUGAGAGGAACGGCAGUUUCUUUGCCGAGGUGAUUAGAGUUGGCAGUAUCUGUUUCACACAAAACGCCGAGCUAGACAUUGAAGAGCGGCUGUCAAACAUGCAAACUUUGGACAUUGCGCUUCGAAAAUGGCGCAACGGCUUGCCCGACAUGUUUGCCUUCAAUUCGACCAACUUGGAGCAUUACCAGCCAUCCGAGGUAUCGCAAAUACUUCUCAUCAACAUACUUUUCCAUCAAAGUCUUUGUGUUCUGCAUGCCUCAAUCAUUCCGUUGUUUACCUUUUGCCGCAUCCGUCCUGGCUGCGAGGAUGCCCAAAUACGAUCAGCGCAGACUGCAUUCGACCAUGCCCAACAUAUAUCGUCGCUGCUCCAAAAGUGCAUGGCAUCACACAGUGAGGGCCACUGGGGAUUCAUCGGAUAUUCGGCCUAUUGUUCUUCGGCGAUUCAACUGCCCUUCUUAUGGUGUCAGUCACCAGACGUGGCUGCCAAGGCAACGGCCAACAUCAAGACAAACGCUCAGGUAAUGCGCCGUACCGGAAAGCACUGGAAGCUUAUAUCAGGCCUUGAGAAGCAUCUUCGUUCCCUCCGACGGUACCACGAAGUCAGCGGCUAUUCCUUACAAGAUGAACCUUGCAACGUGGACGCGGCAGAGCUCAAUCGUUGUAGUGGCAGUUUCGACCGUACACGAACCUCUGUCCUUGGCCACAACGAUAUUAUUUGGAAAUACGGGCAAAUGUCUGAAUGCGGCGAGAUUGUGAAACUGGAAGUUGACAGUGAAGUUGGUGGACUUCAGGAAGACGGAGGGCUCGCCUGUACUACUACAGACCUCCCUUCCUGGAACGACAUCCCGAUUGAUGUGAUGGAUGACUUCCUGGCCCCAUUCUGCAUUAAUGAUGACCUAGAGAGCUUCCUGGCUGGUGGUUACCCAUAUUGA